AUGAGUGGCUCAUCCGGCUCAUUCGGCGGCGGUCACGGCCAGGAUACUUUCAACCCGCAAUCCGCACCCCCGCUCCCGAGCUCGGCACCAGCACCAUGGCAACAGCCGUCCGAGGUGCCCAAGAAGAAACCGUCUCGUCGGAAGACGGGUGCAUCGAGCCCCAAGCGGAGGUGCGUCAGUACCGCCUGCAUCGCCUGCCGCAAGCGCAAGUCCAAAUGCGAUGGCGCUAUUCCCAGCUGCGCUGCCUGCGCCAGCGUCUACGGCACCGAGUGUAUCUACGACCCCAACUCGGAUCACCGCCGCAAGGGCGUCUACAAGGACAAGAUGGAUAGCAUGAAGGCCCCGAACUCGACACUGCAAAUCCUUGUCGAGGCCAUUCUGAACGGCUCUGAAGAUGAGGCCUUUACCAUUGUCAAGAAGAUGCGCUCGUGCGACAGCCUCGACAUGGUGGCUGAGCAAAUCAUGAGCAAUAGUCUGAUUGGGGAUGAUCUAGUCUCGGAUCAGUCUGGAGACAGCGACAUGGGCCAGUACGUCGGCGUUCAGGGUGAGAGGGAGCUGGCUCGCAAGAUGGGUGAGCUGCGACUCGAGAACGGCUCGGUCCGCUUCUUUGGUGGCACAUCCCAUCUCAUCUACACGGAUGCUCCCACUGACAGCCUCAACGAUGAGCCGGAUGCCGAGGAGCUGAUGUCGGGGAAAGACCCGAUAACGACCUGGACCCGCGUCACCGAUGACCCCAAACUCAUCACCCAUCUCGUGGACAAAUACUUCAACUACCACUACCCGUACUUUACUACCCUGUCCCGCAGCAUGUUCGAACGAGACUAUCGGAGGGGAAAGGCGAGUCUGGCUCGCGGAGGGACCGUCUACUGCUCGUCAUUACUGGUCAACGCCAUGCUCGCCUUAGGUUGUCACUUUACGGAUAUCCCUGAGGCCUAUGCAGUCCCGGGAGACAGCCGCACCAAGGGCGACCACUUCUUCAACGAGGCCAAACGCCUCAUCGUCGAGAACAGCGAGUACGAGAAGCCCCGACUGGUGACGGUCCAGGCUCUGGCCCUCAUGUCUGUCCGCGAGGCGGGCUGUGCGCGAGAGGCCAGGGGCUGGGUGUACAGUGGUAUGAGCUUUCGCAUGGCGCAAGAUAUAGGCCUCAACCUCGAGGCCGAGAGUCUGGAGAAGGACCGGAUGGCGGAGCACGAGAUUGAUGCUCGGAGAAUAACGUUCUGGGGGUGCUUCCUCUUUGACAAGUGCUGGUCCAACUAUCUCGGCCGGCUGCCUCUGAUACCGCAGAAUUCGUUCAACGUGGCCAAGUGCGAAGUCUUCCCAGACGAAGACUCGGAGAUGUGGCGCCCCUUUCCGGACGGAGGAUUCGAGGAUUCCCUGGCACAGCCGGCCAGGACGCGCGCCGUGGCGCUGCAGCUGUCCAAGCUCUGCGAGAUCAGCGGCGACCUGCUCAUCUUCUUCUACCACCCCAACCACCUCGGGCGGUCAAGCGGGAAAGCUGUUGAGCUCAGGAAGCUGAGCGAGCUCCACCGGCGUCUCGAGGAUUGGCGCAAGGAGCUGCCUCGGGAACUCGAGCCCAAGGAGGGGCAGCUACCGAAUGUCAUCUUGAUGCAUAUGUUCUUCCAUCUGCAGUAUAUACAUCUUUUCAGGCCAUUCCUCAAGUACGCUCCGUCAGCGUCGCCGCUCCCUUCGCACGUCUCACCCCGGCGCAUAUGCACUGCCAACGCCGGCGCCAUAUCCAAGCUCAUGCGGCUGUACAAGAAGUUUUACAACCUCCGGCAGAUAUGCAACAUUGCAGUGUACAUGGUCCACAGUGCCUGCACCAUCCACCUUCUCAACCUGCCGGAGAAGACGGCACGCAGAGACAUAACACACGGUCUCAAACACCUCGAGGAGAUUGCCGAGGACUGGCUCUGUGCUCGGCGGACGCUUGUCAUCCUGAGCGUUCUAGCCCGCAAGUGGGAUUGCCAGCUACCCGAGGAGGCCACCUUUGUACUCCGGCGGGCGGAUGAGAAAUACGGCUACUACAGCCCCUCGGAGGUGCCUUCUCCGAGGUCCCAUGUGGCAUCCUCUCCCGCAUCCUCUGACAGGGAACCACCAGCUGCGCAUCGAGGCGCCGCCGCCCCGAUUCAAAGCCCUCAAGUGUACAGCAGCAGUAACAUGGAUCACCAGCGACCAGCCCCGCAGUUCUUCGGGGUGGCGUUUUCGGAUAGCCCCGUGGGUGGUAUGCCCUCUAUUGGUCCCACAGUGCACCACGCCAUGGGUCGCCGGGAUUUUGCGGCUGUGCCGCAUCCAGCCAUGCCUCCGAGCAGCACAGGCGUAGAGUUCGGGAGGCCUGAAGCUCUCGACUACUGGAACGAUCCGCCGUUAAGGGUUCAGACGGCUCGGCAGCAACCAUACCGGCAGCAGCGGCAGCAGCAACAACAACAAGACUACCGAGGCGUAACCCCUGCGCCCAACGGUUUCAGCAACCCCGCCCAGGAGCCGUCGACGGGCGCUCCCUCGUCGACCUCCUCGCAUAUGGCUCCGCAGACAGCCUCAAUGGCAGGUGUCAACAUUGGCGGCUCAGAGUACUUUCUCAGCGACAGCGCGCGCUGGCAGCAGAGCUUUGAGAUGUGGAGGCAGGGUGGCGGCGGCGGUGGAGGUAACCCGCCUGAAGCCGGAGCUGCGGGUGGCGCCCCUUUGGCCACGUUUGUUCCCGGGCAGGGGAUUGCUGCUGCAGGGGCGGAUGCGGAUGGCGGGAGCAGCAGUCUACGCUCGACGCCGCCACAGCAUCAGCUCUGGGGAGAUGGGGGAGAUGGGACUGGAUUGGACAGCCUGCAUCUCUCGCUGGGUAAUGAGAGUUACCUACCAGGACUGGAUUAG